AUGCUGCUUCGAGUUCAGGCUUUGACCCCGGAAGUCCGAGCCAUGUACGCCGCCCACGGACACUAUCACGCUGGAGAUUCCGGCCUCGACCUUUUCGUCCUGGAGGACCAAGAGAUCAAAGCAGGCGAGACGAGCUUCGUCAAGCUGGGCAUCAAAGCCGCUGCGUACACGAAGGACGGGGAGGCAGGAGAGAAAAACGUCUCCUGGCUGCUCAUGCCCCGAAGCAGCAUUUCCAAAACACCCCUCAGACUCGCCAACUCAGUCGGACUGAUUGAUGCGGGAUACCGCGGCGAAGUUAUGGCUGCCGUCGACAAUAUUAAAACCUUCCCAUACACUCUGAAGAAGGGUGAUAGGAUUGUCCAGGCUGUCGCUUUCAAUGGCGAAGGCAUUACAUUGGAGCUCGUUGACGAACUGGACAAGACUGCGCGAGGCGAGGGAGGCUUUGGCUCGACAACUGAGCCGGAACCGAAGAAGGCGAAGAACGAUGAGACGAACGGAAACUAA